AUGGCCUCUGAGAAUACCACCCCUAUCAAGCAAACCAAUCACCCACCUGACGACAGUGAUCAUGAGGAUUCUUUUGAUCCAAAGGAUGAAAUAAACCCCUUCGACUGGCAAGACUUAGAAGCCAGAUACUUGAGUGCCAUGGCAGAGUGCAAGGCUAAAGAGGAUGUGCAUCUUGAAGAAUUCGAAUCUCUGUCACAAUACUUCGGAUUCUGGGCAGAGACCAUCUCAGAUCACGAACAGAAGCGAAGCCACCAGCGUUUGAAGACCCAGAGCGCUCUGGUUGAAAGACAGGAAACCGAGCUUGAAGAAAGAAGAACGCAUUACAUCAAGGUUGUCGAAGCAUUUCAGAAUGCUCUUAACAUGCUCAACAACCUAUCUGCUCCGCAACAUCAGCAUCACGCCUAG